AGGAAACCACCGAUCGAGGAUGCCGCUGUGUUAGUAAACUAAGCUUUUGCAACUCAGAAAUGUCUGAGUACUGGAAAUCCCAACCGAAGAAGUUCUGCGAAUUCUGCAAAUGUUGGAUCACUGACAACAAACCCAGUGUCGACUUUCAUGAAAGGGGAAAGCGCCACAAAGAAAAUGUACAGAAAAAGAUAGUAGAUGUUCAGAAGAAAGGAGCCAAAAAAGUGAAGCAAGAUGCCAAGUUCAAGAGUGAUCUUCAAGCAAUGGAGGAGGCUGCACUGAAGGCAUUUGAAAAAGAUGUUGCAAAUGACCCGACUUUAGCCCCUCAGUAUAAAACAGCUUUAAUACAAAAGAAAAUCAAAGAAGCCAAAGAUGCUGAAGAAAUCCCCCAAGAACAACAACCUCAGUUACCUGUCGUAGUCCAAGCAGAUUCAUCAGCAGCAUGGCUAGAAGGUGUGAGUCCAGAAGGGGACACAUAUUACUGGAACAGUGUGACAGGAGUUUCACAGUGGGAUAAACCUGAUGGCUUUGUGUCUUCAGCUGAGAACAAAGUAGAAACUGAAGUAACAAAAAAAAUAGCAACUGAUAUGCCAAAGGGUGAAGAAAACAAUAAGCAGGUUGAUAUUAGUACAGCGAAAGUGAAAACACCGGAAAAUAAAGUAGAUGCAGAAGAUGAUAAAGCGAAAGUAAACGCUGAAACCUCUGGGAAGAAAAGAAGUAACCCUUAUGGAUCAUGGCAAGAAGUUGCCCCUGCAACUGAUGAUACAACUGAUCUACAGCUGCCAGAAGCAAGAGUGAAUUACAUAGCACCACCAAUAACACUACCAGUAGACGAACCAAGGAAAUUUAAAUUUAAAGAGAAGACUGUGAGCUCCCUAUCAAUGCCAAGUGAUGGGGCAAACACAGGUUUCAAAAAACGGAAACUUGGUGGAAAUCGAAACAUAAAAAAGAGGGAAGAGUCAUGACACCUGUUUUAAUUUGUCCUCACUUGGACGAAGUCUAAAUGCAAGAACUUAUAAUUUGACCUUUGUGUGUCUGUUUGCAUCUGUAUCUCAGACAUGCCUGGACCAAACUUUACACAUACACCUUGGGAUACAUAUGUACAUGCAUUCACUUCAAUGAUCUGAAUUGAGAUGGCCAUUUUAGUGCUAACAAUUCAUCAAAAUCAAGAAUUCCUGUGAUUCCAGAACCAGAUUUUGAUUGUGUGUGAUCAGAUUUUGUUCAGACAUAGUACAUUCAUUGGAUCUUAUUAGACUUUAGUACAUGCCAUUUUAUUUUUCGAAUUGGGUUCAAAGGGGCGAACUGGCGGCUAGUUUGUUUUAAAGAUUGUACACCAUUCAGGAACCGGAUCUCAGUUGUGCAUGCAUAGAUUUUAUUUAACCUAGGACAUACAUUGAACAUAAUGCACCAUUGAUGCACUUUUUGGAUUAGGUUCAAAAUGGCUGACUGGCUGCCAUUCUGUUUUAAAGAAUGUAGUUCUGGAUCCACAUCACUGAAAUGCCUGGCCUAAUCAAGUUCAAACUUCACACAUACUGGUACAUCAGACAUAUCAUAUCGGCCAAACGCACAUGCAUCUGAUGUCACCACCAGAUCUAAAAUGGCCAACUUGCAGUCAUCUUGUUUAAUAAACAAGUUAAAUCCCUUAAAGCAAUAUCUCAAACAUGCCUUGACCUACAUAGUUUAAAUACAUCAAGCAUCAGGUUAUAUAUUUUGGAAAUGGAUUUAAGUUAAUCUGUGACUGAUUGAAUUCAAACUUUGUCUAUUAAACAUCAUUGAAUGGGGGCAUGCAAUUAUGUUUGUGCUUAUUGGAUUCAUAAUGCUCUGCCUGCCGCCAUAUUGUUUUAAUACUGUUCAAUUUUUUUCCUGUGUAAAUUAUAUCAGGUCACACUAAUUGUUGUAUGACACUAAUGUAAAACAAUUUUCUGUUGGCCGUUUCAUAAAAAUGAGCAUUUUUGUUAAAGUGGCAAUAGUUGUAUCAAUCAAUAUUUCACUUGCACAUCAUACACCAAAAUAAUAGUGUACACCUGUCAUAUUCGUGAAUCCAGCAAUCAUUAUAUAGGAUGUUUCAUCUUGAUAGACAUAUUAAUGUCUGAUUUACCGUGAAAUAAAAAUAAUGUUUUAGCUGCAAACACUGCAGUGUU